CCGCCCCAAGUUUCUUCAGUCCGCCGCUGGCCGUAGCCGUGCGAGGUCCACUCCGUUCGCUCCGCCGCUCCGGGGCCUCGCUUACGUCAGAGGAGCAGGAGCCAUGAAAGUAGUCCUGCCCAUGUCCCAUGGAGCUCAUUGAUUAGUGUGUGUGUGUAUGCGUGUGUGUGAGUGGAUGUGUAUAUGUUUAGCAAGAAGGUUGACAAAAGUGACGAUUUUGUGUGAACAAGUUCUAAAGUCGAUUAACAUCGACUCAAAACAGUGUUGUGAUGCAUUUUCGGAUAUCCCCUCUCCUGCUAGCCGCCCUGCUGGUGGGAUACACUGCCGCUCAAGAGGCGCGCAGCACUAGCGCUAGUACUCCGUCAUGGAAACUAAAGGACGAGAUCUACCUGGACGACGCGGCCGACGGCUCUGGUGACGGGCCGCGCGGAGACUUCAAGGGAGACCUCGAAGCAAGCGGGUCCGGCGGCGGUCCGGCCGGGGAGGACGACGACGAGGACUACGCAAGGAAAGGAUCAGACGUGACGCACAAGGGGAGCCCCGACGUCGAUCUAACGGAAAGGAACCGACUGGACGAAACCACGCGAACGCAAACCAAUGUGGAGAACGCCCCUGUGUACCCUGAGCAAGACCUGAGCGGCUCCAGCUCAAACGCCAAUUCCAACUCCAACUCGAACCAGGAUCUGACACUGAGCGGCGGAACCGGCGGGACACGCGUUCAAACUGAAGUGGAGGAGAACGGUCUUGGGCCUGAGGACGAGCGCACGGGCAAUGAGGGCGUAUACAUCAUGAGCCAGAAGCCAGAGGAACGAGCCGCGUCCUUCUUCGCGCAGCCGGGCAUCCUCGCCGCUGUAAUCGGCGGAGCUGUCGUUGGGCUGCUAUGUGCCAUUCUCGUUGUGAUGUUCAUCGUCUAUAGAAUGCGGAAGAAGGAUGAGGGUUCGUAUGCGCUGGACGAGCCGAAAAGAUCACCCACAGUCAACUCGUACUCAAAAAACACAAAUCGUGAAUUCUUUGCUUGAAAGUAUCUAGUAAAUGGACUGAAUAACUCAAUAGAACAUAUGUAUGUUCUGGUCUGAAAAUGAGGUUUUGUUCUGUGAAAAUGUUCCACUACAACAAUGAGAUGCUGUGGUGCUCUAACAGAACCGAAUUGACAACUAUUAUGUAUGAAGUGACUUAGGUACCAUACCUAACAUCAACAUACUACACAAUCAAGGAGAAUACAAUUAGAAUUUCUCAGCAAAAUAAGAUACAUUUUGCUGUGAUGGCACAUUGUAUCCUCAUGUGUAUGAAUUUACCAUGAAGGCUGAAGGCUGCAAUGGCCUGGGAAGCAUCUUGUAUUUAUUUUAUUUGUGACCAGUUGGAACAGUGGCACAAGCCUCCUGUUUUGUAUUUAUUUUAUUUGUGACCAGUUAGAACAGUGGUACACGCCUCCAUGGCGUUAAAAACACAU